AAAGAAAUUAUUUUAUAUCAGAUUAACGUUUCUUUUGUGUGGUUGAGAGGUUGAGCAUAUAUUAAUCCCUCACCACUUCUGCUCUUUCUUUUCUGCCUUUUCCUCCAAAAUCUCUCGUUCAAAUCAAUUUCUUAAACACAAAAUAUAUCAUACAAAGAGCUUAAAACUAAAUACUUGAGAAAAGAAAUCUAUACAUGGGGCUAAAAGUGUUAUCAGCAUUAGACACUGCAAAAACACAAUAUUACCACUUUAAGGCCAUCAUAAUAGCUGGGAUGGGCCUCUUUUCAGACGCCUAUGAUCUCUUCUGCAUCGCUCCUGUCACCAUCCUCCUUGGCCGCAUCUACUACUCUGACCACAACCACAAGUUUCAAAUCCCAGCAGUUGUCGUCUCUGCCAUGGUAGCUGUAGCCCUCCUCGGCACCGCCCUCGGCCAGCUCGUAUUCGGUCUCCUAGGAGACCGAAUAGGCCGUAAGAGGGUCUACGGCUUUGCCCUCAUCCUCAUGGUUUUAUCUUCAUUUGGGUGUGGUUUCUCCAUUUGUCGUUCUAAAACAUGCGUCCUUCUUAGCUUUGGUUUCUUCAGAUUCCUCCUUGGCGUAGGGAUAGGCGGCGAUUAUCCUCUUUCGGCGACCAUCAUGUCGGAGUAUGCUAACAAGCGGACUCGUGGGGCGUUCAUCGCAGCCGUGUUCUCCAUGCAAGGGAUUGGGAUAUUGUUUAGCUCCAUGGUAACAAUGACCGUUUGUGCUGUCUUUGACAAGGCAACGAAUGCCUCGAAAGAUCAUCACUCACAUACCAUGGCCGCUGAUUUGGCGUGGCGGAUCAUACUUAUGCUUGGGGCUGUCCCUGCUGCUAUCACUUUUUAUUGGCGUAUGAAGAUGCCUGAAACUGCCAGGUACACAGCUUUGGUGGAGCACAAUGUGGUACAAGCAACAAAAGACAUGGAGACGGUCUUGGACGUUAACAUGAACCAAAUAAUGGACGAUGCCUCUUCUUCUUCCUCCCAAACACCUACACUUCCCUCUACAUACCCUCUUUUCUCAAAGCAAUUCCUCCACCACCAUGGGCGAGACCUCUUCUCCUGUGCCGCCACUUGGUUCCUACUUGACGUUGUCUUCUACAGCAACAACCUCUUUCAGUCAAACAUAUACAAAUCCUUCCUUCCAUCUGAUAAAGAGAAGAUGAGUGCUUUUCGAGAUGCAUACACUGUAGCCCGGCUUCAGGCCAUCAUUACAGUAUGCGCGGCGAUCCCUGGAUAUUGGGCCACUGUCUUACUUAUUGAUCGAGUUGGAAGAAGGAAUAUUCAAAUGAUGGGUUUCACUGUCAUGGCAGCUUUCUUAUUUGCUGUUGGAGUGCUUCACAAUGCUCACCCGGGAGAUAAGAAUAUGGGGUUUAUGUUCCUUUAUGGCCUUACAUUCUUCUUCUCCAAUUUUGGCCCAAAUACAACCACUUUCAUUGUUCCUGCUGAACUUUUUCCGGCGAGGUUUCGAGCAACCUGCCAUGGGAUCUCCGGGGCUGCUGGCAAAGUAGGUGCAAUCAUUGGGUCUAUCGCGUUUUUAUGGGCCUCUCAAGAUAAAGAUAAGAGCGAUAGGACUGUUGAUAAAGGGAUUGGAAUGACUGGAAGUUUGGUCAUUUUGGGUGUAAUUUCUCUUGUUGGAGCUGUAAUUACUUUUUUGUUUACUCCUGAGACUAUGGGAAGAUCAUUGGAAGACAAUGAGAUAGAUAAUAACGCCAAUUUGAACAAUGAAGCUAAUGGAUUGGUUGGGCUUAAAUGUUUAAGCUGUUAGGUAUACAAUCCUAACACAAGGCUUAAAUGUUUAAGCUGUUAGGUAUACAAGCCUAACACAGUAGUGAGGCCGAAGACAUGAACUGGGUUUCGGAGUUUCAGAUCGUAGUGAAAUUUGUGAAUGAGAGCAAUGGCUAUCAGAAGAGGCGCACGCCUACACGGAUUGGUUGUGCCUCUCAUUCAUGCUCCUCAUUUAGUUCUACUUGCUGCAUAAAAUUUGAUUUAGUUUUGAGUUGCAUAGUAAUUAGAUUUCCCAGAUUUUGUCAUUGAGGUUUCAUUUUGGUGUACUUGUACAUAGGUCAAAUAAGGAAAAUCUAUGAAUUAGUAUCUUUUACCCCUUCGUGCCCAAAA